AUGGACCGUUUCCCGCAAGACUACGUCCUUCAUAACCUGCCUUUACUGCUCCUCUCAGGGUUGAAUACGAGAAGCCCGAGCGAGCCAGACGCCUUGGGAAAGACCCAUGAAUUUUUGCACGAAGGUGGAUUUAGAAUCAAGGUGGAUGCGCCAGUUGUCAGCGGACCUCUCGCCGAGCAGUUGCUGCAAUCGUUCUGCGAACAAGAUGCCUCUGAUGUUCCGUGGCACUCUCAAUAUUCUACCGCGAGGAAUGGCAGGAUUUUCAAGAUAGUCAAGGUCGGACGGGUCUACACUCUCCCUCCUCGCAAAGCACCGCCCCCUCCCCAUUCUCCCCGUCUGUCAGCUGUCGAUGCGAAUGGAAGCCCACCGCCAGCACUUGUGCUGCACUCUCCGCUAUCGCCCUUGACUCCCAGCUCUCCCUUGUACCCUGAUGGCAUCAUCUCUCCCCUGUGGAUCACGAAGCACCAGUCACGACUGCCUUGCGCCCUCUUGACCAUCUUUACUCUAGGCUCCGACCCCAACACCAGUUCUCUUCAUGACAAUAAAUUGAAGUCCGAGAUCAACAAUGUGCGCAGUGUCCUUACGUCGGCCAAUUACAAGACCAGACUUGUGGUGAUAUUACUUGGAGAUGGCAUAAUUAGCCCUUCCGAUCUCGAAGAGCGCUUUAGCACCAUUCGACGUGCGACCGGCCUGGACGGGAAAAGCAUCUAUUUCCUCGCCCAUAACUCCUCGCCUGCAGAAGUCACUGCAUUUGUCAGUUCUGUCCUUUCAUCUCUUCAUCCUAUUUGUGUAGAAUAUUACCGAGACCUUUCGAAGCAUGCACGACGCAAGCGUAAUCGGAGCGCGGCCCCGCAACCCACUGUACAGCCGGGAAGCUCGCAUAUACUGUCUUUACAAGGUUGGAAUGUCCGAUAUGAAUUCAAGCUCGGCGUCUUCGCCGAAUUCCGGCAAGAGAUGGACGCGGCGUGUCGGAACUAUGAGACUGCUUAUGAUAAUCUGUUUGCUGCUGAAAUCAUAGAUGCUAUCGCCGUUUGGAGCCCGCGUUUCAACGAGGCAAGGCUGCUGGCGGAUGGCAUUGCUUUUCGCACCAUCAGAUGUCUCUUGUGGACUGAUCAAGUUACGACAGCGGUGAGGUCAUGGGUUGCCCACCGAGACCGAAUCAGAGAUCUGGUCGAUCGAAGAGGUAAGGGAACAAAUAACUACAGCUGGGAAGCGUGGCAGACUGCCUGGGCAAAAAUCAUGGCGGAUCUGGUGUCUCGGUCGGAAUAUCCUCUGUUACAUUUAGAGCUCCCCAACACGCCUGGCCUGCUUCCUAUUUUCGCUGAUGUGGACAAGUCACUUUCUACGGGCGAGCGUAUUGCCCCCUGGGAACAGCUUCAUCAUGAGGGAUAUUGGUUGGAAAUUGCAAAGAGAUGCAUUCAUGCGCGCCGAAACUGGGCCCUGCAAAUCCCAGAGGAAGAUAGGCAGUCUCCAGGUCGUUCACCGGCUUCCAUGGUUGCCAGCAAGGCUCAUCUUUACGAUACCUAUCUUGCGCUUGAGCCAUACCGUGAAUUUCCCGCAGAUGGAAGCCCAGGGUAUGAUUAUGUGGGUGAGAUCAUCUCGACGUUGGAUGCGGCCAUCAGUCAUUUCGCAAAGCGAGGCCAACUGCGCAAAAUUGAGGCUCUAGAGCUCCAGAAAGCAUUUCAGCAAAUCCAGGCAGAAUCGUGGGCAGAAGCAGUCACCACGUUACGACAGUUGUGGCAUAACCAAUACUGGAGACAUGCUGGGUGGUGGAAGUUGCUUCAAGGCCUUGGUUGGGCUCUCCUUGAUUGUCUCGCUCAUGUUCAAGAUGGCGAGUUGCUAGCUCAGCUGAUCUGGGAGCUAUCUAAUCAAGUAUUUCGCCAGAAGCCGAACACUAACUACGAUCUCCGCCGAGGGAUCAUACCGUCCAGCAACAAUGACGGGGUGCUGUCUGUCGCGGUGGGCAUUGAUGAAGCUCUUUCUCCGUUGGUUGCAACGUUUUCUUUCUCAACGCACGAUGUGUUUGUUGGAGAGCCUGUGGAGUGUCAACUCUGCAUACAGUCUCGAGCGCAGAUUGGUCUACCUGCCAUCCGCCUAUCGGAGAUCAAGGUUGUCUUCGAAGGCAGUCUAAAACCUGUUCAUCUGGUUGCAAAGGAAGGGGAAGAUAGCAGCGCCGCCACCCCGACUGCCCAAUUCAUAGACGUCCGCUUGGAUGAUUCCUCGACCAUGUCUCUAUCAUCUAUAAGAAGAUCUUCUGCAGGCGCUAUUGCGGCACAGAUAAGCAGCGCUGAUCUAACGAUACCGCCAGACCACACCAAGAUAUUCCGGCUACGUGUUAUACCUAGAGAAGCCGGGGAAAUCUCCGUUGCAUCCAUUACACUGAUGAUCAAUGACGAGACUCUCAACUUUGCCGCGACGUCGACCGACUUUUCACACUCGAUAGGCCAGUGGUGGGAAUCGAAAGCCGGUACACCCAUGCCUCGAUCACUUGGGCAAGAGUCGAAUGCCUUCAACAAGAUCAACGUGCAGCCCAAACCACCAAAACUGAAGAUUGAAGCUCCCGGCCUCAGACGAUCAUACUACACAAACGAAUCAAUAACAAUAGUGUUUGAGAUUUUGAACGAAGAAGCGGAAGAUGCAAUUGCGUCGCUCGAUGCCCGCAUGAUCAGCCCAGUCGAGGGCGCGGCGCAGAUGAUGUGGGUUGGGACAGGAUUGAAGACCGCUCCAGCGGCUGCAUCAGGACCCGGAUUGCUGACGUUGGAACAUCGUGAACUUGGAACAAUUCCAUCAUCAGAAAAGGCCGUUGUGUCACUCCGCAUAACAGAUACAGCUGCCGCGGUCGAUCACGAAGUUGAGCUUCUCGCGACAUACCGACUCAACUCCGAACCGGAAACGAUCCUUACCAAAACCCUGACUGUCGACGUCGGAGUCAUCCGCCCCUUUGAAGCAAAUUACGACUUCAUCCCCCAACUGGACAAGGAACCUUGGCCGAACUUCUUCGAAGCCCCCCCACAGCACUCGGAUUCUUUGACCCCUCUGGGCUUGAGGCAUCUAUACUCCGUUGGAGCGAGUCUCUACUCCUUCGCCGCGGAGCCUCUAGUCAUUGAAGCCAUAUUGCUCACAGCCACAAAAAUCGUAGGGGGCGCGGUCUGCUCAGCGAGCACUGGCAUUGUGAGGAAAACGGCGGAGACAGGCGCUGCAACCAAAGACUCCGAUGCAACCAUUUCGACAGUGAUUAAACCGGAUCACACGGAGACGUUCGACUUUGAUCUCACGCUCCAGAAACUGGUACUUGGCGACCGGCAUACUGUGGCCGUCGAACUCGCAUUGGAAAUCGGCUGGCGUCGACAAGAUUCAGAGGAAGUCAGCACAACACUUCUUGAAGUGCCUCGACUCGUGGCGCCGAUGGCCGAGCCAAGAGUCAUGCUCACUGUUUCCUCGACUAGUCUCGGACCACUGAACAUUGAGGCGUACAAGUUGUCUUUCACGAUCGAGAAUCCGAGCAUGCAUUAUCUUACGUUCAAUGUGUCCAUGGAAGCGAGCGAAGACUUUGCGUUCAGUGGGUCGAAAGCGUGCGCGAUCAGCUUAGUCCCCAUCAGCAGGCAGACGUUAAACUAUCGGAUACUGCCCAAUAAGAAGGAUGAGUGGAUCGCAGUGCAUAUGAAUGUGGUCGAUGCAUAUUUUGGACAGACAUUGAGGGUCUUAGCAGGGGGCAGCGGGGUCAAGGUGGACAAGAAGGGAAAUGUGCUCGUCAAGGUCUAA